AAUCUCUCACGUGCACACCUGAGUAGAGGUAAGAAUCGCCGUUGACAUUUCAACUUCUCUCGAUUUGAGGAAUGGGGGAUACGAGGUAAACGGAUCAGAAGUCCCACCUUUGUUUGGCAUAGCAACCGAUCAGCUGGCAAGCCUGCGCGCGACGCCAGCUCGGAAUGAUGGCCAGCUUCUCUGUGCUCCAACUGAAGGGGAAGACAUCGCUAAGGAUGACAGGCUGCUACGGUUACUUUUAAAUAGUGUCACGAUCGCAGUAGUAGUAAUGACAUAUCUUUAAUGAACUGACCUUGCCACUAAUGGGUAGGUCAAAGGUAACAGUUUUAUCGUGAAAUAUGAAGAUUUCUGUGCUUGAUCUGAGUACAAUAUAUGGAAAGAUAUUCAAAACGCCGGUGCUGUCAACUCCAACCAGAUCCGAAAAACCUCGCAGUGCUUCGCUUGGAAGACAGACCGUUGAGACGUUUCCCAUAACUUCAUCGGCGACCUGUUUUUCUAUGUUGCCUGAUGCGCUGUCCAGUGCCAGUAGCGUGGUCGCCACGAAUCCAGUUGGGGUCAAAAGAAGCGUUUGCUCGCCGAUGUCUGCCGCGGGUGCUGUCCGAGAAUUGAACUCUAGCAUGUGGCAGGUAACAGUGCAAGGCCAGUUAACUCAAAGCUCGAGUUCUUUUGCUUCAAAACAUCAGGGAGCCUCCAUCAGAGGAAACACCACUAAUUUAGGCAGACCGACGCCUAACGCAGUUCAAACUUUUCAGUGGAAUUCGCCGAGCAAACUACACCCGUUGAUACGGGACACCUGUAGCCUAAAUCAAGAGGAGCUCCAUCAGAAGAGAAAGCUGAACAAACAGAAACCCGCGCGCGUUUAUCCUGAGAGGAGCGCCUGCCCGGUCCCCGCCCAUUUCGCCACCAGCGUUCUUGGAGCCAUCGAAAGCUUCCGGAGCGUCUCUCCGAGCACUCCGGGCUCCCUGGUGUCAGGUGACCGGGCCACGCCCGAGGGUCGCCCCGCCUCCUGGUCGGGGAUCCACAGCUGCACCACGGGCCCCUCCACCGAGCAGAGCUCCCUCUGCUCCUGGAGAGACGAUGAGUUCGACAGGGUUAAUACCCAGCGUGUGUGCCAGCUGUUCUCUGAUGUGGACGAGCUCCUGUACGAAGGCAAGCAGAGCAGCAGGACGGAGGCGCUGUUUGAGGAAUGCAAGGACUGGAACGGCCACUCGCCUCAUCUCAGCUGCCUGCACCGCAGGAUUCUGGGAAAUCAGCUGGAAGCGCCCAAGCAGGAGGGGGUUCAGUAUUUUCACAGUAAUCCCACCUGCCCCAACCCAGGGAGCGCUCUGCUAGCCCCGCCCCAGGACACCUGGAGCAGCUCCAGAGAGCUGUGCAUCGAGGGGCAACGGGUGCUCCCAACCCCCUGCGCUCUCCGCAGCCGGAACGUUCUCCAGGCCCCCUCCCUCGCUUCCGUCCUGGGGGAGGAGGAGGUGUACGAGGCGGAGGGCAGGAUAGAGGAGUUCUUCGCCUACGACGCAAAGGAAGCGGAUGACGAGGGGGCAGACCCGGGUCACAGGACGGUCCCGCGGGCGGCCCGGAGCGGGGUGCCCCCAGUGUCGCCGCACGCCUGCAUUAAGGACGCCGUGGCGGGCGAGGUGUUCGACGACGUGUGGCGGGAGGUGGUGCACAUGCUGGAGGCGGAGCUUCUGCACAGACGCUGGGAGAGCGAGCUGGCAGAUGGGGCCCCUCUUGUGGGGACCUCAGAAUCAAGCAAAGCGGGGUGCGACUCGACGUCCCACAUCCUGAUUAAGACCCUCAGCGGUCCUGUCUCCAGGGGGUCGGACACCAGGAGCAUGUCCCUCUGGCCGAACCUCAUCCCCCGACAGGACAGCUGCUCUGGUCCUCAGUCUGCCUGGGUCAGCUGGAAGUGUGUGCGGUGCCCUCCAAAAGCUCCCCGUGUAUCAAGUGCCUUCAAGAGCAAUUUAAACGGUGUUAUGACAAUCCAAGCCAAACCCCUUCAACAGAGACAACACGGAUUCAGCGAGAAGCCGCAGUGUGACGCAGAUGACAGACCAGGUGUGCUGAUGUCGAGUGGCAAGGGGCAGCCACGGCUAAUGGAACACAGCGUCCUCUCAGCCUCCAGGGGCGCGUGCACGUUCUCCCAAAAACUCCCGGCCCAGCGCAGACUCCCCAAAAUCAGCGUCGAGACCAGGCCCACCCGCGGACACGGGAUCCUACGAGGACCCAAACUGUCUACAGUGACCGAGGGCCUGGCCUCUAAUGCCGUGAACGCAGCGAGCAAGCAGAGGCUUCCCUCCGUUCGCCUGGACGUCCUGGAACAAGAGCUGCAGGUGCCCGCCUCCAGACACAUGCAGCACAGGGGGAGGGUCCUGCAGAGCCGCGUGGUCAGCGCGACGCACCCCGGGUCCGUCCUGCCCCCCCUCAGGGAGCCGACCCUGCUGCUGGACUCGCUGCCGAGGCCCAGCACCACCCACACCUUCCGGUCAGACACACCCAUAAAAAGAUCCUUCACACCCAUGGAUAUCGCCUACCAUAUGCGUACUGGAAGAGCACCUUUGCCAGGUGAGCCCUCACGCAUCGGAGUGACCGGGUUCAGCGUGGGAAUCACCUGCUCCGCUGCCCUCAGCCAAUCAGAGUGCCCCAGCACACAAAGAAGGCCGCUCAACCCUUCCUCCACUGAGGAAGAGGAGGGAGAAGCACUGUUGCCACUGGGAACUUGUCAUCAGCGUAAAGCUUUCAGCCGGUUUCCAAUGCACUACAAGAAGAAGCUGCAAGUGGUGUUGUCAUAGUACCGUCUGAGUACGAUGAACACACAGUAAAAACCACAAAAAAAACAAAAAACAAACAAACUGGGAAAUGCUAAACCCAUGGAAGAGGAGAAGGUGAGAAAUAUUGAUCUAACAGACAGGGAAAGUUAGGCAAACAUGACCUACUACAGAUACCACUCAAAGGGUGUAGCAGGCAGCUGGGGCACAACCUGUUAGAAAACCUGAAAAAACAAAAACCCGUGAACUUUCCCAGCUGCAGAAUGUAUGGAAGUGCGCAUAUUUGACAGCAUUCAUACAACAUUCGAUACCUUUGGUGCUCUUGUGCAAUACUUAUUUGGGCAGACUUUCUCAGUUCUGAGUGUUGUGUCCUAAAAGCUGGUGUGCAAUUUUAUUUGCACAAUUUAAUUACUUUUGAAAGUGCCUAAUCACAGUUCUUCAUCCUCAGUGGUUUAAAAAUACGAUUUUUCCCCUAGAUUCUCAAAACAUCCUAAAAAAUCGUAGUUCAUCACAGGCAUUGGCUGUAUGGAAAUCCAUGAAUCUCAUUGUAAGUAGCCUAAAUUAAAAAUUACAGCAAAAAUAAUUAAACAAGGGACAUCAGAAUGCAGUUUAUAUAUUUAUACCUGUUUUGCUAUUUUAAAAAAAAACAAAUGAAAACACAGCUGGUUGAGGUAUGUAAUUAAAUGUAAACCAUUUAGUAACUAUGCUCAGUGUCCUCCCAUUUAACAACUUUUUAUUGAAAUGUGCCUGCACUCCUGAUACUGUUUGCAUAAAGAACUUUCCAUCAUAAUGCAGAAGGGCAGACAUUUUAUCUCAGAACUAUGCUCGUUUUAUUACUGAAAAUACUUCUUUCAUAAUGUGACAUGCCAAGCAUAUUCAUUACCAGAAUUUUACACCCACGAGCAAGGUUCUUCGUGAAAUUAAAUUAAAGGUGCUGUGAGCUUUUAAAGAUGGGAAAAUGGGAAUCAAAAGUGGAGAAUGCUGUAAACAUGACAUUUACAGUUUCAAUAUUCAUGACUGACUCAUUUUUUUUAUUGAAAUAAUAAAAAUUGCAUUUAUUCUGUGUAAAAUGCCAAAAAUUAUUUUGUAUUAUGAGAACAGUUUCAAGCAUUUAGGAGUGUGUAUGGAUUUAUUUAUUGUAUGCUUUGUAUUUUUUUCUGCCACCAAUAAAGGAUUGAUUGCAUAA